AUGCGAAAUCUAUUCAUAGGUCUCUUUUUUUACUUAUCUUCGUUAGUUUGUACUCAGUUUGGUUAUUUAACUCAAAGUUAUUGUUUGGAUGAAAUUGAAAGCAGUACAUUAUCACUUAAAUGUCCAAAUAAUCAAUUAAUUAAAUUAGGUCGUGUUAUAUAUGGUUAUUCAUGGUCAAAUGAAUGUUCAUAUAAUGAUAAAGAUUGUACAAUGGAUGUGCCACGCGAAGAUAUUAUUUGUUCAUCAAUAAGAAAUUGUACAGUUCAUGUUGUUGAAUAUCCAUUAAUAUUACAAGAUUGUUGGAAUUUAGCUGCAUCUUAUGUUCAAGCUGAAUAUGAAUGUAUUACAGAAUAUUCAUUACAAAAUAUUUGUCAGUCACAAGAUAUAACAUUAUCACAUGGUUUUCUUUCAACACCUAAUUAUCCAAAUGGAUUUGUAUCAAAUCUUAAUUGUUUAUGUACAUUAUAUACAUCAUCAAGUCAUUCAAUUGUUCUUGAAAUCAUAGAUUUUCAUUUACCAACUUGUGCUGAAGCUGGUCUUAAUCUUUGGUUUGGACAAAAUUUUCAAACAAAAUGUUUGACAGAUAAUCCAGUUAUACUUAUUGGAAAUAUUCAACAAAAUGUUACAUUUCGAUUUUAUACAUUAAAAAAUAUAAAUCAAGGUGGAUUUUUAAUGAAAUAUUCUCUUUCACCAGAAUCAAAUAAUGCUACUCUUCGAUUACAAUGUUAUGCAACAUCACUUUCAAAUUCAUCGACAAUAUCCAAUAAUUUCAUAUCAAAAAAAUCUUCUGUACAAAUUCAAAAUACCGUGAAUGAAGAAUUAGUUGUUACUAAUUCGAAUAAUUUAUCAAAACGAUUACGAUUGAUUUCAUCGACGAUUGAAACUGAAAAAGAAAUUUUAUCAAUUAAUAAACAACAACUAUCACAAAAUUUAUUACCAAAUACAACAUCAUCUCCACGUUUAAAUAUGACUUUAAUUAUUAUAUUCACUGUAGUUGUUAUUGUGUUUUUAAUUGUUAUCAAUGUUCUCAUUUGGUUUAUAUGUACUUCAAAAUCAAAGAGUUCGAAAUCUACAUCAUCUCUUCAAAAAUUAUGUUCUCAUCAAGCAACUGUAAAUAAUGAGAUAAAUCCAUCAAAUCGUUUAAAGACUCUUCAUUCAUUAUUAUAUAGUGAUCAUAAAACUGCAAAUGCUGAUCCAAUACCAACCAAUUCUCAUCGUGAUAUUGAUUCCGUUUUAUCCGAAUAUCAUAUACCAACAAAUUCAUCAUCCAUAAAUCUUAAUCAUGGUUUUAUUAUAACAUCAAAAUCAAAUCAAUUAAAGGAAGAACCAAGACAAAUUCAUUCUUGGGAUGAUAUUUAA